AUGCACGACCUCAGGCGCCAGGCUCUUGAGAGCGGCAAGACGGUCUCAAAAAAGGCCCAGUCGCGCAUGUCAUCCCGCGCAUCUUCGGUGGCAAACUCCCGCUCAAAUUCAAGAAAUGUUUCCCGGCAAGCCUCUGACGAAGAAGAGGGAAAUAUGAGCGAUAGCACAAACUGGAGCACCAACUCGAUCGAAGAUAUGAUUUCCCCAGAUGCGCCCGAUGAUGUUCCCGAAAUCUGGAAACAGGAUCUUGGUGAUCGUAUGGAGGAGAUUAUCGACAGGAAACGAAGCAGUGUUCAAGGCCGGGAGGCUACACUUGCACAAUAUAUUCACAUCAUCAUGAGCCACUUCGCCUACGAUCAAAUAAAUAGCAGAACAUCAGAACUAUUCCCAGCUUUGCUAAAAAGCAUCAAGGCGGGUAGCAGUGAGAAAGAGACCUGUCUUGCCUUGAGAGCUAUCGCUCUUUCGCUCAUUACAGUCCCUUCAGAAAAUGUCUACGAUUCCGUUUUCAAGGCCCUGAAGAAUACGUACACUGACUCUGAGUCGCAUACUGUAAAGGCAGUCGCGAUCCACGCUCUCAGCGCAGCAGCCAUCUUCGGCGGCGCCGGCGAUUCCGAAAUCGAAGAAAUCAUGGAUGACCUACUUGAGGUCAUAGAGUCAGAUGGGACCUCGAUCGAAGCAGAGGACAGCGCCGAAGUUGUGACGGCUGCCUGCGAAGCCUGGGGGUUUCUGGCAACCUCCUUAGACGACAUUGAAGAGAAGACCGAGGCUGCGAUGGAAGCAUUUGUUGAGCAGUUAGACAGUAGCAGUGCCACUGUGCAGGUCGCUGCCGGAGAGAACAUAGCCCUUAUAUUCGAAAAGAGCUACACUGAACGCGAAGCCGGCGACGACCCAGCAAGCGAAGAAGAAGACGACCAGGGUUUUGCCAUCGACACUAGCUUCGUCAAGCGGUAUGACGUCUACCGUCAAAAGAAUCAGCUAGAGCACAAGCUCUCUACGCUCGCCAGAGAAAGUUCCAAGCGAAUCUCGAAACAAGACCGAAAAAUGCUUCAUGCGAAUUUUUCCGACAUACUGAACACGGUUGAGCAUCCUUCUCAGGGUCCCUGCUACUCGAACGCGAUCGAUCAAGAGACCAAUCGUAGAUAUGGCUCGAGGAUGGUUGUGCGCAUUCACAAGACUGGAUCCAUGCAGAUCGACAAAUGGUGGAAGCUUCAUAGAUUACAAGCACUCAAAAGGGUUUUGGGCGCUGGUUUCGUCGUUCACUACACCAACAACGACGUUGUGUUUAGCUUCCUACCCAUUAUGAUUGCCAAUAAUUAA